AUGCAUCGCGCAACUAUCUCCGCUGCCGUGGCUACUCUCCUUGCAGGCAAUGUCCUUGCAAGAGAUGUCCCCUCCAACGUCAAGGCUCUGUAUGACUCCAUCAGAUCAUCCGGGUCAUGCAGCAACGUCUUACAAGGAGGAUUCUUCAGCCAAGAAGACGACUCCAAGGACUUCUGCUACUGCGGUGACCAUCUUCAGGACAAGGGUAUCAUCUACCUCCAAGGCAAUGGAGGUCAACUCGUCAACAUGGACAUUGACUGUGACGGUCACCUAGGUCAGGGGAACGGAGACUGCGAUAGCUCCGGCGAUACCCAAGGCCAGACAACCUUCGGAGAUACCGUUGCCAGCUACGACAAGGGCAUCGAUGACCUCAAUGCCUACGUGCACUCAUACGUGGUUCUCGGUAACCAGGGCAGCGGAGACGGUUACGUUGAGUACGACCCUCAGGGCGAUGGUGUCGAGCCACUGUCCGUUGUCGCAGUCGUUUGCGGAGACAAGAUGUUCUACGGUGUCUGGGGAGAUACCAACGGUGACGACGGCCCACCACUGGUCGGCGAAGUCUCUCUUUCUCUUGGCCAGGCUUGCUAUGGCCGCGCUGUCAAUGGAAAUGAGGCCCACGAUGACAACGACGUGCUGUACAUUGCUUUCAAGGGCAGCAAUGCUGUUCCCGGAGCUGAUGGUGCUGAUUGGGGUGCGAGCAGCUUUGACGACUUUGAGAACUCUUUGGCGUCUUUGGGUGACAGUCUUGUUUCUCAGCUGUAA